CUGUAACCACCGGUUACGACAGUUGUUAGUUGGCUUUGCCAAAUUGAUAAGUGUCGCUAGGUUUGCUCAUUCCCUUUCCCAAUCCCUAACUCCUACUCUGUGUAAAACAUCAAAAUGUGUGAGUGAUGGCCUUCCAAGUCCAGGUUGUCAUCUGAGACGGGUGGGUCACUCACGCAGAAGGGUUGCAGGCGCUCACCCAAGGUGUCUCAUCACAACGGUGUGAGCAUAACGUAGCGCAACAUGCUAUCCAUCGCUGUCGCAGCCAUUGGAAGGGCUGCCAAGGUUUUGACAAUUUAAAUGUCAGUUCGGAUGAUAUUGCAAAAAUUGAGGUUUUUCGGUAUCAUCCGAGCUGAGUUAGGCUCGGCGGUCGCCGAGAUAGUUCUUUCGGUUCUCGACAUUCGAGGAAGUCAGAAGUGCGCGCGGUUUUUGCUCAUUAUUCAAUAUAUAGAUAGAUUAGAUUAAAAGUAAAAGUAAACGGUUAUAGUACGUGUCACAAAACGAAGAAAUUGAAAGAAGGUCCACAGCGGGACUUUUUUUUCUCUGGCUUCGGACUACGUCCGAAGGGUUUCUUCGCAGGAAGCACGCCAAACAGAAAUCCUCAAAGCGAACCGAUUAGAGAACCGAGAGUCCUUGCUGAAGAACCCUAGAUCCGACGCGCUGGGGAGAUUCGCCGCCAUUUUUGGCAACUCCGCCAGUGUGCUAACGCCGCCAUUGUUAUUGACGGUGUACAAUUACGAGGUUUGUCGCCUUCAAAGUUCCGGACCGUUUUCCUGCCACCAGCGAACCCAGAUCCACCAGAAUUUGCCAUGGCUGUAAUAGUCAGCCGCACAACCACUGUAAACCUGCACCAGAUAAAAAGAUCCGCAAGUAGCUAAAUCGUGACGUCACAUAGCAUUAAGUUUAGUUAGGGUAUGGUAAUAAAUUGUAUGUAUAAAUUAAAAUUCUGUACCAUCUGUAUAUUCUCGUAUAACAUUGUCCGUACAAUAACACCACUACUUUGAAUCGGUUUCCGGACUCGAAAGGAGUCGUCAGUCCUCGUCCUAGGAUGUUUCCGCUGAAAGAGCAUUCACGGUAUCGCUUUUGAGCAUAUUAAAAUAUUGCUUUACCUUUUUAGUUGUCCACCUUGGUUGCAGCAGCGAUUGAUGGUCCGGUUUCCCCUGUUCCCGAAGUGAAUGAGUUCCGUGGUGAGUACAACUAAAACCCUGAAUGUAUACCAGCAGUAGAGAGCAUAAUCCCCCUCCAACCACCCACUGAGCAAGUCGAGGGGCUACAAAUUGGCGCCCAACAUAACAACCCACAGUUAGAUUUUUUUUUCAAAAUCCCUACGGAGGGAGUACAAAACAGAACGCUGUUUUAUUAGUUUAUUUUCGUCCUCUGAACGAAAGUAUACAGUUUUUCGGAAAAUGGAUGUUGAAUUUGAUAUUCUGUAUAAAAGUUUGCUCGUUCAUCACCUGGAAAGGGAUGAAAUCGCACACGAGCUCGCGAUCCGCGGAAUAGAAUUUACGGAAGCUGAAACGCGAGCAGCCCUCGCGCGGCGUUUGAGGGAACAAAUUAAAACAGAGAAGAACAGUGAUAUCCGCGAUAUUGAUUUCAAUCGGCUUGAUACAACGGUCGAUGAAGAGAUCAAGCUUAUAGAUAGAAAGAUUAAGGACAUUAGAGAUUAUUUAAGAAAUCCCAGAAGGUACGAAGGGUCACGUGAAGCGUUAAAAACUAGGCUUGUACAUUGCUUCGCGCGCGUUAAACGAGUGGCGGAAAAUACGGAUGAGGAGGAAGAUUUAAACGAUGUAGAUUCGCUAGUGUCGUGCAUUCGCGGUGCGUUUAAUAUGCAUUUCUCUUUUUUCUCGGCAAUAGGCCAGCAAGAAAUUGCAACCCAAUUAAAUCAGUCGAUGGCGAAUAUGUCCAUCGGCCCCGCCGGUUCGAAUAUCGAUAGGAAAUCAACUGCGUCGUCUAGUCAAAACGACGAUAACGAUUUCGUAACCCCGGGAGAACAUUUAAAACGAAACCUUAAAUCAUUAGACAAUUUUUCGACUGGUUGGAAUAUUCCAAUGAACAAUUGGUUCCCAUGGAUGACGCAACCUGGUGCAUACCCAUGGAUGUUUGGACCCCCACAAAUGCAAACAUGGCCUGCUCAGAAAGUGCUUCAUUUUAGUGCAGCAGAUAGUGCGUCCAACCAAGUAGACCCUGUGAUUGACAAGAAUAGGGAAAUUUUCGUCAAAAGCAAAAAUAAGAGUUCGUCACCCAAGUCGUCGCGAAAAAGUAAACCAGUUUCAGAGACAUCGUCUGAAACCGAAUCCGGUUGCUCGACGGAUAGAACGCAAUAUAGCUCGCGGAGAUCGAAUCGAAAUGUCAGGGUUAAUAAUAAUCGUCGGGAGUAUAGACCAGGACCGAGAUCAGGGAAGUGUAGGCCAGUGUCAGACUGGAGACUAAAAUACGACGGGUCCGAUGACGGUCAGUUGUUAAUGAAAUUUUUACGGGAAGUUGAGUUCUACGCGAAGUCGGAAAAUAUGUCCACCAGAGAAUUGUUCCGUUCAGCAAUUCAUCUGUUUAGUGGACCGGCGAAAUCGUGGUACAUGACGGGUUUCGAGAAUGAUGAUUUCUCAUCUUGGGAAGAGCUUAAAGAAGAACUCAAGAGGGAAUUUUUGAGUCCGGAUCACGACCACACGAGCGAAAUACGCGCGAUCGCGAGAAAGCAGGGUCCCCGCGAAAAAUUUCAGGAUUAUUUUCUGGACAUACAGAAAAUUUUCAACUCGUUAACCAAGCCUAUGACAGAACGCAAGAAGUUUGAAAUCGUGUUUCGUAAUAUGCGCGCGGAAUAUAAAGGCCAUGCGGUGUCGUCAGAAAUCGACAACUUGGCUGAUCUCAAGAAAUUUGGCAGACGGUUAGAUGCCACCUAUUGGUAUAAAUACCAACCCCACGCGAACGAGAACAAUCCCCGGGGGAAGCAGGUUAACGAAAUCGAAACCGGCGCGAAACGGAAACAGAAAGCUAAGCCCGACAACGAACAGUACAAAUCGCGAGUCUUUAAUAACUCCAAAUCGCGCGCGAACAUUUCGGAUGAGGAGAUUAAACGUGUGCCGAACUCGCAACAGGGUAGUGAAAGGGAUCGACCACAGGGACUGCAAAUUGUGCUGGAUAACUAUCAAGUACCGAAAGACGGCGUUUGUUUCAACUGUCGCCUCAAAGGCCACCAUGCUCGAGAGUGUGACAGACCGCGACACCAAUAUUGUCAACGAUGUGGCUUUCAUGAUGUGGAUACCGACACUUGUCCCUUCUGUAAAAAAAACGCAGUCAAGACUGUCCCGGAGGGCAAGCCAGUCUGCCGCUCAUAA